AUGUCAACGAAAGAAGUACUUGUAAAUGGCGAUAAAGUGAUGUUUCAUCAUGAAUUCUCGUAUGGUACGUCGGCAGUUCGGGGCACAAAACGGCUCACUUCAAGUACAGUUGCUUAUUGGGAGAUUCACGUCACUAAUUCAUACUUGUUUGGUACUUCGAUUAUGUUCGGUGUCGGAAACGCACACGCCCAGUGUUCAUGGACGCAUCGAUUCGACAAUAUGCUUGGUUGUGACAAAAAUUCGUAUGGUCUUUCAUAUUUUGGCGAUAUUUUUCACAAUGGUAUAAAUAUAAAUUUUUGCGAGCCAUUCACUACAGCCUCAGUAGUAGCACUAUUGUUCAAUGGUCCCGAUGCGACGUUAUCGUAUUUUGUUGACGGUAUCCCGUUAGGAGUUGCUUUUAGUAAUAUCGAUUUAUCUACUACUUUAUAUCCAAUGAUCUCAAGAGCUGGCGAAUUUUGCUCGAUGGCCACCGAUAAGGUUGGUCAUCGACGAACGUGCGAUUGA